GACCCCCGUCCGCCUCCUGUAUGAAGGAGCCAGCACCGGCUGGAGAGGUGGAGGGCCAAAAGAAUCCCAGAGCAAGAGCAGUUCCCCAGAUGGCUGCGGCUUCUGACAUUUGGCCUGCGGGUGACUUGCUUCCCCACAGUAAGAGCAGCAACCUUGACUCUGAUCAGUGGAGCAGGAUCUCAUCAGUGGAGAGUCUAGUGCAACCAAUCUACAAGGAUCCAGCUGGAUCUUGAGCGGGUGACAGGUUGUUUGGAACAAUGAUGCAUUGAUUCCAGGCUCAGGGUAGCACUCCUCGACUUCAUGUAGUUCCACUUACGCUCUGCCAGACACUUAUCGAGACGGAUGGACUGGUCGAUGACAGCCUCCAAGCUGUCUGUUGGCUCUCCCAAGGAGAGGACAUCCAUCAGUUUAUCUUAGAUCUCUGGGAAUAUAGCAUGGCCAAGGCCUCUCCAUUUCCAACCCCUCUCCUGGGCCAAGUUCCAAAAUUCCAUAGAGUAGUCGGCCGUUGACUGUCCCCUGUCGAACCUUCAUCAGGCGGUCUGAGGCUGGGCCUGCUCUGGCGUGGUAAUGAAACACCUCCCUCAUGGCGGCCAUGAAUUGCUCUAAGUCUGAGCAAAUCUCCGACCUACGUUCCCAAUGCACGGUGGCCCAGGCCAGGGCUUUCCCAGUCAGAAGAGGGAUAAUGAAGGCCACAUUUCCACGCUCUGAAAGGAACCGGGAGGCUGGAGUUCAAAUACUAACGAGCGCUGGAUGAGGAGGCCGUGGAAGGAGCCCAGGUCACUGUCAAAUAUUUCUGGGAUUGGAAGUUGUACUGGCUCUGGAGCAGAACUCACUGGUUCUCCAAAACCACUCUGGCCUCCUCCUUGCAAAAGGUGACCCAUUGGCUACCUGGAGGUCAUGUAUCCCCAGGCUCUGUUGGGAAAUAUCUUUGCUAUGGCUGGUCACAGCGGGCAAAAGACUGAUACCCUGCUGGGUUCGUACUGGCUCAGUCGUACAGUGACGAGAGUCCUUGAUGAGAAUGGCUUGGACCCAAAUGCUGGAGUAUCUGUGGCAAGGAUCGAGACAUGCUAUCAAACUAGAUCAAGAAUCUGAGCACAGAAACAAACAUCAGACAAAAUCACGAGUCAGCUUACAAUCUCCACUAUCACUGCAGAAGAGGUACUUGAUCAGCCAGAGGCAGCACAGGAAACAAACCAAGCGCUAGAGGCAGUUGGAGAUGAUGCAGAACACAGGAUUUCUGGAGGAUGCACGCCCUGCCUGCGACGUCACAGGGCCUCACAUCUCCGUGGCCAAAGGUGACGAGCUGAGCAAGGAAUGCAUCACCAUGAAGGCUCCCUACACCACCCCCAGCAGCAGCAUUGCCGGGCUCCUCAUUCAUUCAACCAAUGAGAAGAUGAGCAUCUACCAGGCCUUCAAAAAGAAACUGCUUCCGCCCGGCAGAGCUCUACUUCUGCUGGAAGCCCAAGCUGCCACGGGUUCUGUCAUUGACCCGGUGACAGAGCAGAGGCUGCCCGUGGAUGAAGCUCUGCAGGCCGGGAUCAUUGGCCCUGACGUAUACGACAAAUUGCUGUCUGCAGAGAAGGCCCUAUCAGGUUACAAGGAUCCGGCCACAGGGAAUACCAUCUCCCUAUUCCAAGCCAUUAAGAAGGAACUGGUGGUGAGCUCCCAUGGCAUCCGGCUGUUGGAAGCUCAAAUAGCCACGGGUGGCAUCAUCGAUCCGACCUCUGGCGAUCGGAUUUCCGUGGAGGAUGCCUAUCAGCGAGGAAUGUUUGAUCAGGAGAUGAACAAUAUUCUAUCUGACCCCAGUGAUGACACCAAGGGAUUUUUUGACCCGAACACCCAGGAGAACCUCAGCUACCUGGAGCUGAAGCAGAGAUGUGUGACUGAGCCAAGCUCCGGUCUCUGCCUGCUGAUCAUCACAGAUAAAGUGGUGAAAGGGAUCCAGAUUUCCACUGAUGAACAAAUAAAGAGCAUCUUCAGAAAGACUUUGGUUUCAGUGAAAGCUGGCCGGUUCAGAGACCGAGAAGUGGCAUUAUGGGAAGUCAUCAAUUCAGAAUAUUUCACUGCCGAACAAAUCUGUGAGUUUAUCAAAGAUUUCAAGUCCAGUAAAGCCACCAUCAAGAAAAUCAUCACCGUUGUCACAACAAAAAUUGAACAAACAGAGAGGGAGAAAAAGAUGGCCACUUUCCGUGGACUGAGGCGCAGGGUGACUGCAGAACAACUCCUGGAAUCAAACAUCAUUGAUAAGAAACUCUACGACAAACUGGAGAAAGGGAUCACCACAGUUCAAAAAGUUACCAAACUCCAGUCUGUGGAGCAGUAUCUAACAGGAACAUGCAGUAUCGCUGGAGUCCUGGUGGAGAAAACCAGUGAGAAGAUGAGCAUUUACCAAGCCAUGAAGAAAGGCCUGCUGAUGCCUGGAACAGCCCUAAUCCUGCUGGAAGCUCAGGCGGCGACUGGCUUUCUCAUUGACCCAGUCAAUAACGUGAAGCUCACAGUGGACGAGGCAGUUAAGAACGGUCUCGUUGGAAAAGAGCUCCAUGAGAAGCUGCUGUCUGCAGAAAGGGCAGUCACUGGAUACAAAGACCCCUACACCGGCAACAUCAUCUCCUUGUUCCAGGCUCUGAAGAAGGAUUUGAUCAUCAAGGAACAUGGGAUUCGCCUGCUGGAGGCACAGAUUGCCACAGGAGGCAUCAUUGACCCGGUACACAGUCAUCGCCUCCCUGUCGAUGUGGCGUACAAGACAGGGAUGUUUGAUGAGGAGAUGAACAAGAUUCUGGCUGAUGAAGGAGAUGACACCAAGGGAUUCUUCGACCCCAACACCAAGGAGAACCUGACGUAUCUACAGCUGAAGCAGAGGUGUGUAAAUGAGGAGGAAACUGGCCUCUGCCUCUUGUGCUUGAGAGACCUCCAUUAUAUAGAUAAACAGACAGAAGUAAUUUUCAAACAGACCACCUUCUCCAGCACAAUGGGCAUAUUUCAGGGAAGGACCUUGACAAUCUGGGAAUUUCUAAAUUCUAAAUAUGUCACAGACAAAAAGAGAAAAGAAGUGCUAGAGCAGUACAGUUCUGGAUCGUUGACAAUCCAACAGAUCAUUAGCCUUUUUACCAGGAUCAUUGAGGAGACUGAAAGACAAUCCAGCUGCACAAUGACAGUGGAUGGAUUCCGAAAGAAAGUUUCCGUGCAGGAACUUGUGAACUCUCAGGUAAUAGAAAGCGAUACGUUCAAGGACCUCAGUGAAGGCAGGACAACAGUGCAAGACCUUCUGCAGAUGGACUCUGUGAAGAGAUACCUGCAAGGAUCAAGCAGCAUUGCAGGCAUAAUUCUGGAAAACUCCAAUCAGAAGAUGGGCAUUUACGAGGCACUAAAAAACCGCCUGCUCAUGCCCGGAACAGCCUUGAUCCUACUGGAAGCUCAGGCAGCGACGGGCUUUCUCAUAGACCCAGUCAGGAAUCUGAAACUCACCGUGGACCAGGCAGUUGAGAGGGGUCUCAUCGGCAAAGAACUGCGUGCAAAGCUGCUGUCUGCAGAAAGAGCAGUCACUGGAUACAAAGACCCCUACACCGGCAACAUCAUCUCCUUGUUCCAGGCUCUGAAGAAGGAUUUGAUCAUCAAGGAACAUGGGAUUCGCCUGCUGGAGGCACAGAUUGCCACAGGAGGCAUCAUUGACCCGGUACACAGUCAUCGCCUGCCUGUCGAUGUGGCAUACAGGAGAGGGAUGUUUGAUGAGGAGAUGAACAAGAUUCUGGCUGAUGAAGGAGAUGACACCAAGGGAUUCUUCGACCCCAACACCAAGGAGAAUCUGACCUAUCUACAGCUGAAGCAGAGAUGUGUGAGUGACAAGGACACAGGCCUAUGCUUACUGAAGAUAUUAGAUGGAAGCGUGAAGAAUCGCCAGGGAUACACCACUGAUGAAAUAAUGAGCGCAUUUCAGAAGGAGACCAUGUUUGUAUCAUGUGGCAAGUUCAAAGGCAGAUCCAUCUCAAUUUGGGAAAUGCUGCACUCUGAGUAUUUCACAGAGGAGAAGAGGAAGGAGCUGAUGGAGAUGUACGGAUUGAGGGAAGUUGACAUAAAGACCAUCAUAACAAAAAUAACGACCAUUAUUGAGCAAACACAAAGCCAGGCUAAUGCUGUGAGUCCCUCUGUUGCUGUGCCGCGUCAGAGCCCUGUGCUCUACACUGCAGAAGAGACUGAAGCCGCUUUUCGAAAGACAACUCUCACCUUCACGCUGUGGUGUCUUCUUCAUUCUAAGCUCUUCACUGAAGAGGAGCGCAUAUCAUUGAUUGAUAGGUAUAACAGGAAGGAGAUUGAUAUGGCGACGGUGAUCACAACCAUCACCACAAGAGUUGAGGCAAGACAAAGCCAUUUGGACACCUCAGUCACCUUCAGCGGUCUCCGAGCAGAUAUUUCCCUCCAGGAAUUGGUGGAGUCAGAGGUUAUUGAUGAGGCAACGUUGCUGGAUCUGAAGGAGGGGAAGAAGACUGUGCAAGAAGUCAGUGAGUUGGAGUCAGUGAAGAUCUAUCUCAAGGGAUCAGACAGCAUCGCCGGCAUCCUUGUAGGGUCAACCAAUGAGAAGAUGAGCAUCUACCAAGCCAUGAAGAAACGCCUACUGAUGCCUGGAACAGCCCUAAUCCUGCUGGAAGCUCAGGUGGCGACUGGCUUUGUCAUUGACCCAGUCAAGAACAUGAAGCUCACAGUGGAUGAGGCAGUUAAGAACGGGCUCAUUGGAAAAGAGCUCCAUGCGAAGCUGCUGUCUGCAGAAAGAGCAGUCACUGGAUACAAAGACCCCUACACCGGCAACAUCAUCUCCUUGUUCCAGGCUCUGAAGAAGGAUUUGAUCAUCAAGGAACAUGGGAUUCGCCUGCUGGAGGCACAGAUUGCCACGGGGGGCAUAAUUGACCCGGUACACAGUCAUCGCCUGCCUGUCGAUGUGGCGUACAGGAGAGGGAUGUUUGAUGAGGAGAUGAACAAGAUUCUGGCUGAUGAAGGAGAUGACACCAAGGGAUUCUUCGACCCCAACACCAAGGAGAAUCUGACCUAUCUACAGCUGAAGCAGAGAUGUGUGAGUGACAAGGACACAGGCCUAUGCUUACUGAAGAUAUUAGAUGGAAGCGUGAAGAAUCGCCAGGGAUACACCACUGAUGAAAUAAUGAGCGCAUUUCAGAAGGAGACCAUGUUUGUAUCAUGUGGCAAGUUCAAAGGCAGAUCCAUCUCAAUUUGGGAAAUGCUGCACUCUGAGUAUUUCACAGAGGAGAAGAGGAAGGAGCUGAUGGAGAUGUACGGAUUGAGGGAAGUUGACAUAAAGACCAUCAUAACAAAAAUAACGACCAUUAUUGAGCAAACACAAAGCCAGGCUAAUGCUGUGAGUCCCUCUGUUGCUGUGCCGCGUCAGAGCCCUGUGCUCUACACUGCAGAAGAGACUGAAGCCGCUUUUCGAAAGACAACUCUCACCUUCACGCUGUGGUGUCUUCUUCAUUCUAAGCUCUUCACUGAAGAGGAGCGCAUAUCAUUGAUUGAUAGGUAUAACAGGAAGGAGAUUGAUAUGGCGACGGUGAUCACAACCAUCACCACAAGAGUUGAGGCAAGACAAAGCCAUUUGGACACCUCAGUCACCUUCAGCGGUCUCCGAGCAGAUAUUUCCCUCCAGGAAUUGGUGGAGUCAGAGGUUAUUGAUGAGGCAACGUUGCUGGAUCUGAAGGAGGGGAAGAAGACUGUGCAAGAAGUCAGUGAGUUGGAGUCAGUGAAGAUCUAUCUCAAGGGAUCAGACAGCAUCGCCGGCAUCCUUGUAGGGUCAACCAAUGAGAAGAUGAGCAUCUACCAAGCCAUGAAGAAACGCCUACUGAUGCCUGGAACAGCCCUAAUCCUGCUGGAAGCUCAGGCGGCGACUGGCUUUGUCAUUGACCCAGUCAAGAACAUGAAGCUCACAGUGGAUGAGGCAGUUAAGAACGGGCUCAUUGGAAAAGAGCUCCAUGCGAAGCUGCUGUCUGCAGAAAGAGCAGUCACUGGAUACAAAGACCCCUACACCGGCAACAUCAUCUCCUUGUUCCAGGCUCUGAAGAAGGAUUUGAUCAUCAAGGAACAUGGGAUUCGCCUGCUGGAGGCACAGAUUGCCACGGGGGGCAUAAUUGACCCGGUACACAGUCAUUGCCUGCCUGUCGAUGUGGCGUACAGGAGAGGGAUGUUUGAUGAGGAGAUGAACAAGAUUCUGGCUGAUGAAGGAGAUGACACCAAGGGAUUCUUCGACCCCAACACCAAGGAGAAUCUGACCUAUCUACAGCUGAAGCAGAGAUGUGUGAGUGACAAGGACACAGGCCUAUGCUUACUGAAGAUAUUAGAUGGAAGCAUGAAGAAUCGCCAGGGAUACACCACUGAUGAAAUAAUGAGCGCAUUUCAGAAGGAGACCAUGUUUGUAUCAUGUGGCAAGUUCAAAGGCAGAUCCAUCUCAAUUUGGGAAAUGCUGCACUCUGAGUAUUUCACAGAGGAGAAGAGGAAGGAGCUGAUGGAGAUGUACGGAUUGAGGGAAGUUGACAUAAAGACCAUCAUAACAAAAAUAACGACCAUUAUUGAGCAAACACAAAGCCAGGCUAAUGCUGUGAGUCCCUCUGUUGCUGUGCCGCGUCAGAGCCCUGUGCUCUACACUGCAGAAGAGACUGAAGCCGCUUUUCGAAAGACAACUCUCACCUUCACGCUGUGGUGUCUUCUUCAUUCUAAGCUCUUCACUGAAGAGGAGCGCAUAUCAUUGAUUGAUAGGUAUAACAGGAAGGAGAUUGAUAUGGCGACGGUGAUCACAACCAUCACCACAAGAGUUGAGGCAAGACAAAGCCAUUUGGACACCUCAGUCACCUUCAGCGGUCUCCGAGCAGAUAUUUCCCUCCAGGAAUUGGUGGAGUCAGAGGUUAUUGAUGAGGCAACGUUGCUGGAUCUGAAGGAGGGGAAGAAGACUGUGCAAGAAGUCAGUGAGUUGGAGUCAGUGAAGAUCUAUCUCAAGGGAUCAGACAGCAUCGCCGGCAUCCUUGUAGGGUCAACCAAUGAGAAGAUGAGCAUCUACCAAGCCAUGAAGAAACGCCUACUGAUGCCUGGAACAGCCCUAAUCCUGCUGGAAGCUCAGGCAGCGACUGGCUUUGUCAUUGACCCAGUCAAGAACAUGAAGCUCACAGUGGAUGAGGCAGUUAAGAACGGGCUCAUUGGAAAAGAGCUCCAUGCGAAGCUGCUGUCUGCAGAAAGAGCAGUCACUGGAUACAAAGACCCCUACACCGGCAACAUCAUCUCCUUGUUCCAGGCUCUGAAGAAGGAUUUGAUCAUCAAGGAUCAUGGGAUUCGCCUGCUGGAGGCACAGAUUGCCACAGGAGGCAUCAUUGACCCGGUACACAGUCAUCGCCUGCCUGUCGAUGUGGCAUACAGGAGAGGGAUGUUUGAUGAGGAGAUGAACAAGAUUCUGGCUGAUGAAGGAGAUGACACCAAGGGAUUCUUCGACCCCAACACCAAGGAGAAUCUGACCUAUCUACAGCUGAAGCAGAGAUGUGUGAGUGACAAGGACACAGGUCUAUGCUUACUGAAGAUAUUAGAUGGAAGCAUGAAGAAUCGCCAGGGAUACACCACUGAUGAAAUAAUGAGCGCAUUUCAGAAGGAGACCAUGUUUGUAUCAUGUGGCAAGUUCAAAGGCAGAUCCAUCUCAAUUUGGGAAAUGCUGCACUCUGAGUAUUUCACAGAGGAGAAGAGGAAGGAGCUGAUGGAGAUGUACGGAUUGAGGGAAGUUGACAUAAAGACCAUCAUAACAAAAAUAACGACCAUUAUUGAGCAAACACGAAGCCAGGCUAAUGCUGUGAGUCCCUCUGUUGCUGUGCCGCGUCAGAGCCCUGUGCUCUACACUGCAGAAGAGACUGAAGCCGCUUUUCGAAAGACAACUCUCACCUUCACGCUGUGGUGUCUUCUUCAUUCUAAGCUCUUCACUGAAGAGGAGCGCAUAUCAUUGAUUGAUAGGUAUAACAGGAAGGAGAUUGAUAUGGCGACGGUGAUCACAACCAUCACCACAAGAGUUGAGGCAAGACAAAGCCAUUUGGACACCUCAGUCACCUUCAGCGGUCUCCGAGCAGAUAUUUCCCUCCAGGAAUUGGUGGAGUCAGAGGUUAUUGAUGAGGCAACGUUGCUGGAUCUGAAGGAGGGGAAGAAGACUGUGCAAGAAGUCAGUGAGUUGGAGUCAGUGAAGAUCUAUCUCAAGGGAUCAGACAGCAUCGCCGGCAUCCUUGUAGGGUCAACCAAUGAGAAGAUGAGCAUCUACCAAGCCAUGAAGAAACGCCUACUGAUGCCUGGAACAGCCCUAAUCCUGCUGGAAGCUCAGGCAGCGACUGGCUUUGUCAUUGACCCAGUCAAGAACAUGAAGCUCACAGUGGAUGAGGCAGUUAAGAACGGGCUCAUUGGAAAAGAGCUCCAUGCGAAGCUGCUGUCUGCAGAAAGAGCAGUCACUGGAUACAAAGACCCCUACACCGGCAACAUCAUCUCCUUGUUCCAGGCUCUGAAGAAGGAUUUGAUCAUCAAGGAUCAUGGGAUUCGCCUGCUGGAGGCACAGAUUGCCACAGGAGGCAUCAUUGACCCGGUACACAGUCAUCGCCUGCCUGUCGAUGUGGCAUACAGGAGAGGGAUGUUUGAUGAGGAGAUGAACAAGAUUCUGGCUGAUGAAGGAGAUGACACCAAGGGAUUCUUCGACCCCAACACCAAGGAGAAUCUGACCUAUCUACAGCUGAAGCAGAGAUGUGUGAGUGACAAGGACACAGGUCUAUGCUUACUGAAGAUAUUAGAUGGAAGCAUGAAGAAUCGCCAGGGAUACACCACUGAUGAAAUAAUGAGCGCAUUUCAGAAGGAGACCAUGUUUGUAUCAUGUGGCAAGUUCAAAGGCAGAUCCAUCUCAAUUUGGGAAAUGCUGCACUCUGAGUAUUUCACAGAGGAGAAGAGGAAGGAGCUGAUGGAGAUGUACGGAUUGAGGGAAGUUGACAUAAAGACCAUCAUAACAAAAAUAACGACCAUUAUUGAGCAAACACAAAGCCAGGCUAAUGCUGUGAGUUCCUCUGUUGCUGUGCCGCGUCAGAGCCCUGUGCUCUACACUGCAGAAGAGACUGAAGCCGCUUUUCGAAAGACAACUCUCACCUUCACGCUGUGGUGUCUUCUUCAUUCUAAGCUCUUCACUGAAGAGGAGCGCAUAUCAUUGAUUGAUAGGUAUAACAGGAAGGAGAUUGAUAUGGCGACGGUGAUCACAACCAUCACCACAAGAGUUGAGGCAAGACAAAGCCAUUUGGACACCUCAGUCACCUUCAGCGGUCUCCGAGCAGAUAUUUCCCUCCAGGAAUUGGUGGAGUCAGAGGUUAUUGAUGAGGCAACGUUGCUGGAUCUGAAGGAGGGGAAGAAGACUGUGCAAGAAGUCAGUGAGUUGGAGUCAGUGAAGAUCUAUCUCAAGGGAUCAGACAGCAUCGCCGGCAUCCUUGUAGGGUCAACCAAUGAGAAGAUGAGCAUCUACAAAGCCAUGAAGAAACGCCUACUGAUGCCUGGAACAGCCCUAAUCCUGCUGGAAGCUCAGGUGGCGACUGGCUUUGUCAUUGACCCAGUCAAGAACAUGAAGCUCACAGUGGAUGAGGCAGUUAAGAACGGGCUCAUUGGAAAAGAGCUCCAUGCGAAGCUGCUGUCUGCAGAAAGAGCAGUCACUGGAUACAAAGACCCCUACACCGGCAACAUCAUCUCCUUGUUCCAGGCUCUGAAGAAGGAUUUGAUCAUCAAGGAACAUGGGAUUCGCCUGCUGGAGGCACAGAUUGCCACGGGGGGCAUAAUUGACCCGGUACACAGUCAUCGCCUGCCUGUCGAUGUGGCGUACAGGAGAGGGAUGUUUGAUGAGGAGAUGAACAAGAUUCUGGCUGAUGAAGGAGAUGACACCAAGGGAUUCUUCGACCCCAACACCAAGGAGAAUCUGACCUAUCUACAGCUGAAGCAGAGAUGUGUGAGUGACAAGGACACAGGCCUAUGCUUACUGAAGAUAUUAGAUGGAAGCGUGAAGAAUCGCCAGGGAUACACCACUGAUGAAAUAAUGAGCGCAUUUCAGAAGGAGACCAUGUUUGUAUCAUGUGGCAAGUUCAAAGGCAGAUCCAUCUCAAUUUGGGAAAUGCUGCACUCUGAGUAUUUCACAGAGGAGAAGAGGAAGGAGCUGAUGGAGAUGUACGGAUUGAGGGAAGUUGACAUAAAGACCAUCAUAACAAAAAUAACGACCAUUAUUGAGCAAACACAAAGCCAGGCUAAUGCUGUGAGUCCCUCUGUUGCUGUGCCGCGUCAGAGCCCUGUGCUCUACACUGCAGAAGAGACUGAAGCCGCUUUUCGAAAGACAACUCUCACCUUCACGCUGUGGUGUCUUCUUCAUUCUAAGCUCUUCACUAAAGAGGAGCGCAUAUCAUUGAUUGAUAGGUAUAACAGGAAGGAGAUUGAUAUGGCGACGGUGAUCACAACCAUCACCACAAGAGUUGAGGCAAGACAAAGCCAUUUGGACACCUCAGUCACCUUCAGCGGUCUCCGAGCAGAUAUUUCCCUGCAGGAAUUGGUGGAGUCAGAGGUUAUUGAUGAGGCAACGUUGCUGGAUCUGAAGGAGGGGAAGAAGACUGUGCAAGAAGUCAGUGAGUUGGAGUCAGUGAAGAUCUAUCUCAAGGGAUCAGACAGCAUCGCCGGGGUCAUGGUGGAGUCAACCAAUGAGAAGAUGAGCAUCUACCAAGCCAUGAAGAAACGCCUACUGAUGCCUGGAACAGCCCUAAUCCUGCUGGAAGCUCAGGCAGCGACUGGCUUUGUCAUUGACCCAGUCAAGAACAUGAAGCUCACAGUGGAUGAGGCAGUUAAGAACGGGCUCAUUGGAAAAGAGCUCCAUGCGAAGCUGCUGUCUGCAGAAAGAGCAGUCACUGGAUACAAAGACCCCUACACCGGCAACAUCAUCUCCUUGUUCCAGGCUCUGAAGAAGGAUUUGAUCAUCAAGGAUCAUGGGAUUCGCCUGCUGGAGGCACAGAUUGCCACAGGAGGCAUCAUUGACCCGGUACACAGUCAUCGCCUGCCUGUCGAUGUGGCAUACAGGAGAGGGAUGUUUGAUGAGGAGAUGAACAAGAUUCUGGCUGAUGAAGGAGAUGACACCAAGGGAUUCUUCGACCCCAACACCAAGGAGAAUCUGACCUAUCUACAGCUGAAGCAGAGAUGUGUGAGUGACAAGGACACAGGUCUAUGCUUACUGAAGAUAUUAGAUGGAAGCAUGAAGAAUCGCCAGGGAUACACCACUGAUGAAAUAAUGAGCGCAUUUCAGAAGGAGACCAUGUUUGUAUCAUGUGGCAAGUUCAAAGGCAGAUCCAUCUCAAUUUGGGAAAUGCUGCACUCUGAGUAUUUCACAGAGGAGAAGAGGAAGGAGCUGAUGGAGAUGUACGGAUUGAGGGAAGUUGACAUAAAGACCAUCAUAACAAAAAUAACGACCAUUAUUGAGCAAACACAAAGCCAGGCUAAUGCUGUGAGUCCCUCUGUUGCUGUGCCGCGUCAGAGCCCUGUGCUCUACACUGCAGAAGAGACUGAAGCCGCUUUUCGAAAGACAACUCUCACCUUCACGCUGUGGUGUCUUCUUCAUUCUAAGCUCUUCACUGAAGAGGAGCGCAUAUCAUUGAUUGAUAGGUAUAACAGGAAGGAGAUUGAUAUGGCGACGGUGAUCACAACCAUCACCACAAGAGUUGAGGCAAGACAAAGCCAUUUGGACACCUCAGUCACCUUCAGCGGUCUCCGAGCAGAUAUUUCCCUCCAGGAAUUGGUGGAGUCAGAGGUUAUUGAUGAGGCAACGUUGCUGGAUCUGAAGGAGGGGAAGAAGACUGUGCAAGAAGUCAGUGAGUUGGAGUCAGUGAAGAUCUAUCUCAAGGGAUCAGACAGCAUCGCCGGCAUCCUUGUAGGGUCAACCAAUGAGAAGAUGAGCAUCUACCAAGCCAUGAAGAAACGCCUACUGAUGCCUGGAACAGCCCUAAUCCUGCUGGAAGCUCAGGCAGCGACUGGCUUUGUCAUUGACCCAGUCAAGAACAUGAAGCUCACAGUGGAUGAGGCAGUUAAGAACGGGCUCAUUGGAAAAGAGCUCCAUGCGAAGCUGCUGUCUGCAGAAAGAGCAGUCACUGGAUACAAAGACCCCUACACCGGCAACAUCAUCUCCUUGUUCCAGGCUCUGAAGAAGGAUUUGAUCAUCAAGGAUCAUGGGAUUCGCCUGCUGGAGGCACAGAUUGCCACAGGAGGCAUCAUUGACCCGGUACACAGUCAUCGCCUGCCUGUCGAUGUGGCAUACAGGAGAGGGAUGUUUGAUGAGGAGAUGAACAAGAUUCUGGCUGAUGAAGGAGAUGACACCAAGGGAUUCUUCGACCCCAACACCAAGGAGAAUCUGACCUAUCUACAGCUGAAGCAGAGAUGUGUGAGUGACAAGGACACAGGUCUAUGCUUACUGAAGAUAUUAGAUGGAAGCAUGAAGAAUCGCCAGGGAUACACCACUGAUGAAAUAAUGAGCGCAUUUCAGAAGGAGACCAUGUUUGUAUCAUGUGGCAAGUUCAAAGGCAGAUCCAUCUCAAUUUGGGAAAUGCUGCACUCUGAGUAUUUCACAGAGGAGAAGAGGAAGGAGCUGAUGGAGAUGUACGGAUUGAGGGAAGUUGACAUAAAGACCAUCAUAACAAAAAUAACGACCAUUAUUGAGCAAACACAAAGCCAGGCUAAUGCUGUGAGUCCCUCUGUUGCUGUGCCGCGUCAGAGCCCUGUGCUCUACACUGCAGAAGAGACUGAAGCCGCUUUUCGAAAGACAACUCUCACCUUCACGCUGUGGUGUCUUCUUCAUUCUAAGCUCUUCACUGAAGAGGAGCGCAUAUCAUUGAUUGAUAGGUAUAACAGGAAGGAGAUUGAUAUGGCGACGGUGAUCACAACCAUCACCACAAGAGUUGAGGCAAGACAAAGCCAUUUGGACACCUCAGUCACCUUCAGCGGUCUCCGAGCAGAUAUUUCCCUGCAGGAAUUGGUGGAGUCAGAGGUUAUUGAUGAGGCAACGUUGCUGGAUCUGAAGGAGGGGAAGAAGACUGUGCAAGAAGUCAGUGAGUUGGAGUCAGUGAAGAUCUAUCUCAAGGGAUCAGACAGCAUCGCCGGGGUCAUGGUGGAGUCAACCAAUGAGAAGAUGAGCAUCUACCAAGCCAUGAAGAAACGCCUACUGAUGCCUGGAACAGCCCUAAUCCUGCUGGAAGCUCAGGCAGCGACUGGCUUUGUCAUUGACCCAGUCAAGAACAUGAAGCUCACAGUGGAUGAGGCAGUUAAGAACGGGCUCAUUGGAAAAGAGCUCCAUGCGAAGCUGCUGUCUGCAGAAAGAGCAGUCACUGGAUACAAAGACCCCUACACCGGCAACAUCAUCUCCUUGUUCCAGGCUCUGAAGAAGGAUUUGAUCAUCAAGGAUCAUGGGAUUCGCCUGCUGGAGGCACAGAUUGCCACAGGAGGCAUCAUUGACCCGGUACACAGUCAUCGCCUGCCUGUCGAUGUGGCAUACAGGAGAGGGAUGUUUGAUGAGGAGAUGAACAAGAUUCUGGCUGAUGAAGGAGAUGACACCAAGGGAUUCUUCGACCCCAACACCAAGGAGAAUCUGACCUAUCUACAGCUGAAGCAGAGAUGUGUGAGUGACAAGGACACAGGUCUAUGCUUACUGAAGAUAUUAGAUGGAAGCAUGAAGAAUCGCCAGGGAUACACCACUGAUGAAAUAAUGAGCGCAUUUCAGAAGGAGACCAUGUUUGUAUCAUGUGGCAAGUUCAAAGGCAGAUCCAUCUCAAUUUGGGAAAUGCUGCACUCUGAGUAUUUCACAGAGGAGAAGAGGAAGGAGCUGAUGGAGAUGUACGGAUUGAGGGAAGUUGACAUAAAGACCAUCAUAACAAAAAUAACGACCAUUAUUGAGCAAACACAAAGCCAGGCUAAUGCUGUGAGUCCCUCUGUUGCUGUGCCGCGUCAGAGCCCUGUGCUCUACACUGCAGAAGAGACUGAAGCCGCUUUUCGAAAGACAACUCUCACCUUCACGCUGUGGUGUCUUCUUCAUUCUAAGCUCUUCACUGAAGAGGAGCGCAUAUCAUUGAUUGAUAGGUAUAACAGGAAGGAGAUUGAUAUGGCGACGGUGAUCACAACCAUCACCACAAGAGUUGAGGCAAGACAAAGCCAUUUGGACACCUCAGUCACCUUCAGCGGUCUCCGAGCAGAUAUUUCCCUCCAGGAAUUGGUGGAGUCAGAGGUUAUUGAUGAGGCAACGUUGCUGGAUCUGAAGGAGGGGAAGAAGACUGUGCAAGAAGUCAGUGAGUUGGAGUCAGUGAAGAUCUAUCUCAAGGGAUCAGACAGCAUCGCCGGCAUCCUUGUAGGGUCAACCAAUGAGAAGAUGAGCAUCUACCAAGCCAUGAAGAAACGCCUACUGAUGCCUGGAACAGCCCUAAUCCUGCUGGAAGCUCAGGCAGCGACUGGCUUUGUCAUUGACCCAGUCAAGAACAUGAAGCUCACAGUGGAUGAGGCAGUUAAGAACGGGCUCAUUGGAAAAGAGCUCCAUGCGAAGCUGCUGUCUGCAGAAAGAGCAGUCACUGGAUACAAAGACCCCUACACCGGCAACAUCAUCUCCUUGUUCCAGGCUCUGAAGAAGGAUUUGAUCAUCAAGGAUCAUGGGAUUCGCCUGCUGGAGGCACAGAUUGCCACAGGAGGCAUCAUUGACCCGGUACACAGUCAUCGCCUGCCUGUCGAUGUGGCAUACAGGAGAGGGAUGUUUGAUGAGGAGAUGAACAAGAUUCUGGCUGAUGAAGGAGAUGACACCAAGGGAUUCUUCGACCCCAACACCAAGGAGAAUCUGACCUAUCUACAGCUGAAGCAGAGAUGUGUGAGUGACAAGGACACAGGUCUAUGCUUACUGAAGAUAUUAGAUGGAAGCAUGAAGAAUCGCCAGGGAUACACCACUGAUGAAAUAAUGAGCGCAUUUCAGAAGGAGACCAUGUUUGUAUCAUGUGGCAAGUUCAAAGGCAGAUCCAUCUCAAUUUGGGAAAUGCUGCACUCUGAGUAUUUCACAGAGGAGAAGAGGAAGGAGCUGAUGGAGAUGUACGGAUUGAGGGAAGUUGACAUAAAGACCAUCAUAACAAAAAUAACGACCAUUAUUGAGCAAACACAAAGCCAGGCUAAUGCUGUGAGUCCCUCUGUUGCUGUGCCGCGUCAGAGCCCUGUGCUCUACACUGCAGAAGAGACUGAAGCCGCUUUUCGAAAGACAACUCUCACCUUCACGCUGUGGUGUCUUCUUCAUUCUAAGCUCUUCACUGAAGAGGAGCGCAUAUCAUUGAUUGAUAGGUAUAACAGGAAGGAGAUUGAUAUGGCGACGGUGAUCACAACCAUCACCACAAGAGUUGAGGCAAGACAAAGCCAUUUGGACACCUCAGUCACCUUCAGCGGUCUCCGAGCAGAUAUUUCCCUCCAGGAAUUGGUGGAGUCAGAGGUUAUUGAUGAGGCAACGUUGCUGGAUCUGAAGGAGGGGAAGAAGACUGUGCAAGAAGUCAGUGAGUUGGAGUCAGUGAAGAUCUAUCUCAAGGGAUCAGACAGCAUCGCCGGCAUCCUUGUAGGGUCAACCAAUGAGAAGAUGAGCAUCUACAAAGCCAUGAAGAAACGCCUACUGAUGCCUGGAACAGCCCUAAUCCUGCUGGAAGCUCAGGUGGCGACUGGCUUUGUCAUUGACCCAGUCAAGAACAUGAAGCUCACAGUGGAUGAGGCAGUUAAGAACGGGCUCAUUGGAAAAGAGCUCCAUGCGAAGCUGCUGUCUGCAGAAAGAGCAGUCACUGGAUACAAAGACCCCUACACCGGCAACAUCAUCUCCUUGUUCCAGGCUCUGAAGAAGGAUUUGAUCAUCAAGGAACAUGGGAUUCGCCUGCUGGAGGCACAGAUUGCCACGGGGGGCAUAAUUGACCCGGUACACAGUCAUCGCCUGCCUGUCGAUGUGGCGUACAGGAGAGGGAUGUUUGAUGAGGAGAUGAACAAGAUUCUGGCUGAUGAAGGAGAUGACACCAAGGGAUUCUUCGACCCCAACACCAAGGAGAAUCUGACCUAUCUACAGCUGAAGCAGAGAUGUGUGAGUGACAAGGACACAGGCCUAUGCUUACUGAAGAUAUUAGAUGGAAGCGUGAAGAAUCGCCAGGGAUACACCACUGAUGAAAUAAUGAGCGCAUUUCAGAAGGAGACCAUGUUUGUAUCAUGUGGCAAGUUCAAAGGCAGAUCCAUCUCAAUUUGGGAAAUGCUGCACUCUGAGUAUUUCACAGAGGAGAAGAGGAAGGAGCUGAUGGAGAUGUACGGAUUGAGGGAAGUUGACAUAAAGACCAUCAUAACAAAAAUAACGACCAUUAUUGAGCAAACACAAAGCCAGGCUAAUGCUGUGAGUCCCUCUGUUGCUGUGCCGCGUCAGAGCCCUGUGCUCUACACUGCAGAAGAGACUGAAGCCGCUUUUCGAAAGACAACUCUCACCUUCACGCUGUGGUGUCUUCUUCAUUCUAAGCUCUUCACUAAAGAGGAGCGCAUAUCAUUGAUUGAUAGGUAUAACAGGAAGGAGAUUGAUAUGGCGACGGUGAUCACAACCAUCACCACAAGAGUUGAGGCAAGACAAAGCCAUUUGGACACCUCAGUCACCUUCAGCGGUCUCCGAGCAGAUAUUUCCCUGCAGGAAUUGGUGGAGUCAGAGGUUAUUGAUGAGGCAACGUUGCUGGAUCUGAAGGAGGGGAAGAAGACUGUGCAAGAAGUCAGUGAGUUGGAGUCAGUGAAGAUCUAUCUCAAGGGAUCAGACAGCAUCGCCGGGGUCAUGGUGGAGUCAACCAAUGAGAAGAUGAGCAUCUACCAAGCCAUGAAGAAACGCCUACUGAUGCCUGGAACAGCCCUAAUCCUGCUGGAAGCUCAGGCGGCGACUGGCUUUGUCAUUGACCCAGUCAAGAACAUGAAGCUCACAGUGGAUGAGGCAGUUAAGAACGGGCUCAUUGGAAAAGAGCUCCAUGAGAAGCUGCUGUCUGCAGAAAGAGCAGUCACUGGAUACAAAGACCCCUACACUGGCAACAUCAUCUCCUUGUUCCAGGCUCUGACGAAGGAUUUGAUCAUCAAGGAUCAUGGGAUUCGCCUGCUGGAGGCACAGAUUGCCACGGGGGGCAUAAUUGACCCGGUACACAGUCAUCGCCUGCCUGUCGAUGUGGCGUACAGGAGAGGGAUGUUUGAUGAGGAGAUGAACAAGAUUCUGGCUGAUGAAGGAGAUGACACCAAGGGAUUCUUCGACCCCAACACCAAGGAGAAUCUGACCUAUCUGCAGCUGAAGCAGAAAUGUAUUAAGGAUCCCAUGACAGAUCUGUGUUUUUUGUUACUGAGAAUGCUCAUCUACCAAGCCAUGAAGAAACGCCUACUGAUGCCUGGAACAGCCCUAAUCCUGCUGGAAGCUCAGGCAGCGACUGGCUUUGUCAUUGACCCAGUCAAGAACAUGAAGCUCACAGUGGAUGAGGCAGUUAAGAACGGGCUCAUUGGAAAAGAGCUCCAUGCGAAGCUGCUGUCUGCAGAAAGAGCAGUCACUGGAUACAAAGACCCCUACACCGGCAACAUCAUCUCCUUGUUCCAGGCUCUGAAGAAGGAUUUGAUCAUCAAGGAACAUGGGAUUCGCCUGCUGGAGGCACAGAUUGCCACAGGAGGCAUCAUUGACCCGGUACACAGUCAUCGCCUGCCUGUCGAUGUGGCAUACAGGAGAGGGAUGUUUGAUGAGGAGAUGAACAAGAUUCUGGCUGAUGAAGGAGAUGACACCAAGGGAUUCUUCGACCCCAACACCAAGGAGAAUCUGACCUAUCUACAGCUGAAGCAGAGAUGUGUGAGUGACAAGGACACAGGUCUAUGCUUACUGAAGAUAUUAGAUGGAAGCAUGAAGAAUCGCCAGGGAUACACCACUGAUGAAAUAAUGAGCGCAUUUCAGAAGGAGACCAUGUUUGUAUCAUGUGGCAAGUUCAAAGGCAGAUCCAUCUCAAUUUGGGAAAUGCUGCACUCUGAGUAUUUCACAGAGGAGAAGAGGAAGGAGCUGAUGGAGAUGUACGGAUUGAGGGAAGUUGACAUAAAGACCAUCAUAACAAAAAUAACGACCAUUAUUGAGCAAACACAAAGCCAGGCUAAUGCUGUGAGUCCCUCUGUUGCUGUGCCGCGUCAGAGCCCUGUGCUCUACACUGCAGAAGAGACUGAAGCCGCUUUUCGAAAGACAACUCUCACCUUCACGCUGUGGUGUCUUCUUCAUUCUAAGCUCUUCACUGAAGAGGAGCGCAUAUCAUUGAUUGAUAGGUAUAACAGGAAGGAGAUUGAUAUGGCGACGGUGAUCACAACCAUCACCACAAGAGUUGAGGCAAGACAAAGCCAUUUGGACACCUCAGUCACCUUCAGCGGUCUCCGAGCAGAUAUUUCCCUCCAGGAAUUGGUGGAGUCAGAGGUUAUUGAUGAGGCAACGUUGCUGGAUCUGAAGGAGGGGAAGAAGACUGUGCAAGAAGUCAGUGAGUUGGAGUCAGUGAAGAUCUAUCUCAAGGGAUCAGACAGCAUCGCCGGCAUCCUUGUAGGGUCAACCAAUGAGAAGAUGAGCAUCUACCAAGCCAUGAAGAAACGCCUACUGAUGCCUGGAACAGCCCUAAUCCUGCUGGAAGCUCAGGCAGCGACUGGCUUUGUCAUUGACCCAGUCAAGAACAUGAAGCUCACAGUGGAUGAGGCAGUUAAGAACGGGCUCAUUGGAAAAGAGCUCCAUGCGAAGCUGCUGUCUGCAGAAAGAGCAGUCACUGGAUACAAAGACCCCUACACCGGCAACAUCAUCUCCUUGUUCCAGGCUCUGAAGAAGGAUUUGAUCAUCAAGGAUCAUGGGAUUCGCCUGCUGGAGGCACAGAUUGCCACAGGAGGCAUCAUUGACCCGGUACACAGUCAUCGCCUGCCUGUCGAUGUGGCAUACAGGAGAGGGAUGUUUGAUGAGGAGAUGAACAAGAUUCUGGCUGAUGAAGGAGAUGACACCAAGGGAUUCUUCGACCCCAACACCAAGGAGAAUCUGACCUACCUACAGCUGAAGCAGAGAUGUGUGAGUGACAAGGACACAGGUCUAUGCUUACUGAAGAUAUUAGAUGGAAGCAUGAAGAAUCGCCAGGGAUACACCACUGAUGAAAUAAUGAGCGCAUUUCAGAAGGAGACCAUGUUUGUAUCAUGUGGCAAGUUCAAAGGCAGAUCCAUCUCAAUUUGGGAAAUGCUGCACUCUGAGUAUUUCACAGAGGAGAAGAGGAAGGAGCUGAUGGAGAUGUACGGAUUGAGGGAAGUUGACAUAAAGACCAUCAUAACAAAAAUAACGACCAUUAUUGAGCAAACACAAAGCCAGGCUAAUGCUGUGAGUCCCUCUGUUGCUGUGCCGCGUCAGAGCCCUGUGCUCUACACUGCAGAAGAGACUGAAGCCGCUUUUCGAAAGACAACUCUCACCUUCACGCUGUGGUGUCUUCUUCAUUCUAAGCUCUUCACUGAAGAGGAGCGCAUAUCAUUGAUUGAUAGGUAUAACAGGAAGGAGAUUGAUAUGGCGACGGUGAUCACAACCAUCACCACAAGAGUUGAGGCAAGACAAAGCCAUUUGGACACCUCAGUCACCUUCAGCGGUCUCCGAGCAGAUAUUUCCCUCCAGGAAUUGGUGGAGUCAGAGGUUAUUGAUGAGGCAACGUUGCUGGAUCUGAAGGAGGGGAAGAAGACUGUGCAAGAAGUCAGUGAGUUGGAGUCAGUGAAGAUCUAUCUCAAGGGAUCAGACAGCAUCGCCGGCAUCCUUGUAGGGUCAACCAAUGAGAAGAUGAGCAUCUACCAAGCCAUGAAGAAACGCCUACUGAUGCCUGGAACAGCCCUAAUCCUGCUGGAAGCUCAGGCGGCGACUGGCUUUGUCAUUGACCCAGUCAAGAACAUGAAGCUCACAGUGGAUGAGGCAGUUAAGAACGGGCUCAUUGGAAAAGAGCUCCAUGCGAAGCUGCUGUCUGCAGAAAGAGCAGUCACUGGAUACAAAGACCCCUACACCGGCAACAUCAUCUCCUUGUUCCAGGCUCUGAAGAAGGAUUUGAUCAUCAAGGAACAUGGGAUUCGCCUGCUGGAGGCACAGAUUGCCACGGGGGGCAUAAUUGACCCGGUACACAGUCAUCGCCUGCCUGUCGAUGUGGCGUACAGGAGAGGGAUGUUUGAUGAGGAGAUGAACAAGAUUCUGGCUGAUGAAGGAGAUGACACCAAGGGAUUCUUCGACCCCAACACCAAGGAGAAUCUGACCUAUCUACAGCUGAAGCAGAGAUGUGUGAGUGACAAGGACACAGGCCUAUGCUUACUGAAGAUAUUAGAUGGAAGCGUGAAGAAUUGCCAGGGAUACACCACUGAUGAAAUAAUGAGCGCAUUUCAGAAGGAGACCAUGUUUGUAUCAUGUGGCAAGUUCAAAGGCAGAUCCAUCUCAAUUUGGGAAAUGCUGCACUCUGAGUAUUUCACAGAGGAGAAGAGGAAGGAGCUGAUGGAGAUGUACGGAUUGAGGGAAGUUGACAUAAAGACCAUCAUAACAAAAAUAACGACCGUUAUUGAGCAAACACAAAGCUAGGCUAAUGCUGUGAGUCCCUCUGUUGCUGUGCCGCGUCAGAGCCCUGUGCUCUACACUGCAGAAGAGACUGAAGCCGCUUUUCGAAAGACAACUCUCACCUUCACGCUGUGGUGUCUUCUUCAUUCUAAGCUCUUCACUGAAGAGGAGCGCAUAUCAUUGAUUGAUAGGUAUAACAGGAAGGAGAUUGAUAUGGCGACGGUGAUCACAACCAUCACCAAAAGAGUUGAGGCAAGACAAAGCCAUUUGGACACCUCAGUCACCUUCAGCGGUCUCCGAGCAGAUAUUUCCCUGCAGGAAUUGGUGGAGUCAGAGGUUAUUGAUGAGGCAACGUUGCUGGAUCUGAAGGAGGGGAAGAAGACUGUGCAAGAAGUCAGUGAGUUGGAGUCAGUGAAGAUCUAUCUCAAGGGAUCAGACAGCAUCGCCGGGGUCAUGGUGGAGUCAACCAAUGAGAAGAUGAGCAUCUACCAAGCCAUGAAGAAACGCCUACUGAUGCCUGGAACAGCCCUAAUCCUGCUGGAAGCUCAGGCGGCGACUGGCUUUGUCAUUGACCCAGUCAAGAACAUGAAGCUCACAGUGGAUGAGGCAGUUAAGAACGGGCUCAUUGGAAAAGAGCUCCAUGAGAAGCUGCUGUCUGCAGAAAGAGCAGUCACUGGAUACAAAGACCCCUACACCGGCAACAUCAUCUCCUUGUUCCAGGCUCUGAAGAAGGAUUUGAUCAUCAAGGAUCAUGGGAUUCGCCUGCUGGAGGCACAGAUUGCCACGGGGGGCAUAAUUGACCCGGUACACAGUCAUCGCCUGCCUGUCGAUGUAGCGUUCAGGAGAGGGAUGUUUGAUGAGGAGAUGAACAAGAUUCUGGCUGAUGAAGGAGAUGACACCAAGGGAUUCUUCGACCCCAACACCAAGGAGAAUCUGACCUAUCUGCAGCUGAAGCAGAAAUGUAUUAAGGAUCCCAUGACAGAUCUGUGUUUUUUGUUACUGAGAAGAUAAAUAGUUGAAUAAUCUUGACAUUAUUAUUAUGAUUAGGUACUACUGUUUAAAUGGACUGUAUAAUUUUAAUUAAUUCCUUGUCAUGCCCCAUGCCAUAAGUCUGCAGUCCUAAGAUCUUAUCUGCCCCUCUUCAAUGGGAUGACUGAUCCUUCUUUGACUUUGCCCAUGUGCUCUAUUGUCUAAUUUUCCUCUCCUCUCUUUCUCUUUUCAUUCACAUUGUCCCUCUCACCUGACUCCAGAUCUGAUAUGAGACAGAUGAGGACUUUAGCACAUUUCAUUUAAACCCCCAAUAUAAUUAGCAUGGAGAUACUUCAAUAGUCAUUGUCCUGCCACAAUCACGGAAAGAAUUUCCCUCAGAACUGAGAAAGAGGCAAAUAAGUUGGUUCAGCAGCAGCGAGAGAAGUUGAUUGUAAUAUGACUUCUGUUCAUUUUGUGCAGAUCCAUUCUGACCUUCUGUGUUGUACAGGUCCAGCAUGAUCCUGUUGGAGUGCAGGGUAAUGUGGACAGCUUUGGGGAGUUCAGGCCAUUGACAUAUAUGGAGUCUGUGGUCAGCAAAAGAAAGGAGGUAUACAGUCAGAUUUGGCAAUUGGAAGCAAGAAAAUCCAGGCUCGUUGAGGUCUUUGGUUAUGCUGACUGCUUCAGCAAGUGUAAACAGAGCCUGAUUUCCUGCUCCUGCAAUAAUUUUCAAAGCCGUCCGAAGCUGUCGUCCAUCUUGAUCUGGUGCUUUCUGUGGUGAAUCGUAAGUGACUCAGUGUUGACAGACAUGCCAGACUUCUUGAACUUCCUGAGGAAGUAAAGACAUUGCUGAGCUUUUUUAGUCGUUGCACUGAGUAAUGGACAGGUUGUUGGUGAUGUUUACUUGUCGGAACUUGAAGCCCUCGACCCUCUCAGCAUUAAGAUCAUUGAUGUAGACAGCAGCAGGUGCUCUUCCCCCCACCCACUUUCUGAAGUCAGUGACCAGCUCCUUUUUCAUGACAAAUGACACUAAGCUAUCUGCCUCCUUCCUGUACUCGGAAUCAUUAUUUGAAAUAUGGUGACUACGGUGGUAUUAUCUGCCAAGUUAGAGAUGGGGUUUGAGCACAAUAUGGCCACAGAGUAAUGAGUAUACAGGGGACGAGCUGGGGGAUGUGACAACACAGCCGUAUGGGGUAACAUUGUUGAGAAUAAUUGUAGUUGAGCUGUUGCUGCAAAUCCUGAAUGGUUGUAGUCUGUUGGUCAGGAAGUUAAGGAUCCAGUUGCAGAGGGAGGCAUUGACACCCCAGGUCUAGGAUUUUGGUAGUUAAAUUUUUAAUUGUAGUACUAAAGGCAGAAGUGUAGUCAAUAAACUGUAGAGGCAUAUGCACUACCAUUGAGAAAGAGGACAUUGCCGACUUGAUCUUCUGCAUUGUCCAAUCUACACUGACAAAAACCACACUGCUCAAACCCCCUCCCAUCCAUGUACCUAUCCAAACAUUUCUUAAAUGAUACAACUCAGCCCACAGUUACCACUUCCGCUGGCAAAUCGUUCCACACUCGCAACAGCCGCUGAGUGAAGAAGUUCCCACUCAGACUUCCCAUCAAAUAUUUUGCCUCAUAACUCUGUGACUAUGACCUCUAGUUUAAGUCCCACCCAACACGAGGGGGAAAGCCCUGCAAGUAUUUGCCCUGUCUACACCCCUCACCAUUGCAUAUCACCUAUACGCUCUCCCCUCAUUUUCCUGAACUCUAGCUUCUAAAAUCCAACAAAAGGCAACUAAAAAUGCUAUAAGUAGGAAAAAGAUAAAAUAUGAGGGCAAACUAGCCAGUAAUAUAAAGCAGGAUAUUAAUAGUAUUUUCAGUUAUGUAAAGAGUGAAAGGGAGGCAAGAGAUGAUAUUGGAACACUAGAAAAUGAUGCUGGUGAGAUAUGGGAGACAAAGAAAUGGCAGAUGAACUUAAUGGGUACUUUUCAACAAUCUUCACUGUGGAAGACACUAGCAGUGUGCCAGAGGUCUGUGAGUGUAAGGGAGUAGGAGUGAAUGCCACUGCUAGGCAAAAGUGCUAGGCAAACUCAAAGGUCUUAAGGUGGAUGUCAUCUGGGCCAGAUGGACAACAUCCCAAAGUCCUGAGAGAGGUUGCUGAAGAGAUAAUGGAUGCAUUGGUCAUGAUCUUUCAAGAAUCACUUGAUUCUAGCAUGGUCGUGGAGGACAGGAAGAUUGUAAAUGUCACUCCCCACUCUUUAAGAAGGGAGGAGGGCAAAAGAAAGAAAAUUAUAGGUGAGUUAGCCUAACCUCUGUGGUUGGGAAAGUGUUGGAGUCUAUUAUUAAGGAUGAGGUUUCGGGGUACUUGGACACUAAUGAUAAAAUAAGUCAAAGUCAGUAUGUAAAGGGAAAUCUUGCCUCACAAAUCUGUUAGAGUUCUUUGAAGAAGUAACAAGCAGAAUGGACAAAGGAGAUGCAGUGGAUGUCAUUUACUUGGAUUUUCAGAAGGCAUUUGAUAAGGCGCCACACAAAGUAAAAUCCGAAAGCAUUAUAGGAAAGAUACUGGGGUGAAUAGUGGAAUGAUUGCUAGGCAGGAGGCAGCAAGUGGGAAUAGAAGCGGCCUUUUCUUUCUUUAUUAAUCUUUUUAUUGAUUUAAAAGGAACAUAAAUACAAACAAGAGGAGAAUUAUCUCAAAUAUAUAUCAAUAACCAUACAGAGAUUAAAAUAAUCAUCAAAAUCAUAGAUAGUGUUAAGCUAGUGUAUAAUAUACAAUAAAAGAGAAAACAGCAAUUCUCCUCUUAUCAGUUCAUAAAGAGGAAAGAAAAAAACUUUGAAUUUUAAAUAAGGAAAAGAAAACUACUGCACUGUACAAAAAAGGGACUGGGCAGUCCAUUCUGAGGAUAUGACCAGAAAAGAAAAUGAAAGACUUUCUGAUCAAAUCUAAAACUUCGGAAAAAAAAAAAAUUGGAAGAGUAAUAAAUCAAAUCAAAUGAAAAUAUUGAAUAAAAGGUCACCAGAUUUGCUCAAAUUUAAAGGAUGUAUCAAAUGUCUGACUUCUUAUUUUCUUUAAACUUAAACAGGACAUAAUGGAGGAAAGCCAAUAAAAGACAGUAGGUGGAUUAGAAUCCUUACACUUCAGUAAAAUGGCUCUCCUAGCCAAUAUAGUUGAAAAGGCUAUCAUACGUUGAGCAGAAACAGGAAUAUUUCCUGGUUUCGAUGGGGUAAUCCCAAAGAUUGCCUUAAGUAAAUUAGGUUGUAGGUCCAGAUUCAAGACUUUUGAUAAUGUUUUAAAAAUAUCUCUCCAAAAAUUGUCUAGCUUUAUACAAGACCAAAACAUAUGAGUUAAAGUGGCCACCUCAAUAUUACAUCUGUCACAAAUAGGAUUGAUGUUGGAAAAAAUAUGUGCUAGUUUAUCCUUUGACAUAUGGGCCCGAUGCACUAUCUUGAACUGUAUCAAGGAAUGACAGGCACAAGUAGAUGAAUUAUUAACCAAAUGAAGAAUUUUACUCCAUUGAUCAUCUGAAAAUGACUCUUGAACUUCCAAUUCCCAGGCGCCUUUAAUUUUAUCGUUAGAUAUCAUUCGUGAAUUCAAUAUCCAUUUAUAAAUUAUAGCUAUCAACCCUUGGCCUUUUCUGGUUGGCUGCCAGUGACUAGUGGUGUUCCUGAGGGCCAGUAUUGGGAACUGCUACUUAUCAUUUGUUUGACAAUGAAUUAGACAAUGGAAUUUAUGGUUUUGUGGCAGAGUUUGUGGAUGAUACGAAGAUAGGUGGAGGGGUAGGUAGUGCUGAGGAAGCAAUGUAAUUGCAGCGCAACUUAAUUUCACUAUGGAUGUCCAGUCCCCGUACACCUCCAUCAUCCACCAGGAAAGCCUCAAAGCUCUCCAUUUCUUUCUGGACACCAGACCCAACCAGUUCCCUCCACCACCACUCCCCUCCAUCUAGCAGAACUUGUCCUUACUCUUAAUAAUUUCUCCUUUGGCUCCUUCCACUUGUUUCAAAUGAAAGGUAUAGCCAUGGGCACUCGCAUGGGUCCCAGCCUUGCCUACCUUGUUGUCAGUUACAUGGAACAGUCUAUGUUCCAAGCCUACACUGGUGUCUGUCCCCCACUUUUCCUACACUACAUUGACGACUGCAUUGGUGCUGCUUUCUGCACCCAUGCCAAGCUCAUUGACUUCAUCAACUUUGCCUCCAACUUCCAACCUGCCCUCAAAUUUAAUUGGUCCAUUUCCGACACCUCCCUCCCUUUUCUCGAUCUCACUAUCUCUGAAGACAGUUUAUCUACUAUUGUCUAUUUUAAAUGCACAGACUCUCACAGCUACCUGGACUAUACCUCUCCCCAUCCACUUCUUCUCUCUAAUCCUCCAUCUCCACCACACCUGCUCUCAGGAUAAGACUUUUCAUUCUAAGACAAUGGAGACCUGUAUGUCAAUGAUUUGGACUAUGGGAUUAAUGGAUUUGUGGCUAACAUUUGCCAAUGAUACAAAGAUAGGUGGAGAAGCGGGUAGUGUUGAAGAAACCUGACAGGGUGUUCCCUCGGACCUUGAAGGAGACUAGUGUUGAAAUUGCGGGGGCCCUGGCAGAAAUAUUUAAAAUGUCACUGUCUACAGGUGAGGUGCCGGAGGAUUGGAGAGUGGCUCAUGUUGUUUCGUUGUUUAAAAAAGGAUCAAAAAGUAAUCCAGGAAAUUAUAGGCCAGUAAGUUUAACGUCGGUAGUAGGUAAGUUAUUGGAGGGAGUACUAAGAGACAAAAUCUACAAGCAUUUGGAUAGACAGGGACUUAUUAGGGAGAGUCAACAUGGCUUUGUGCGUGGUAGGUCAUGUUUGACCAAUCUAUUGGAGUUUUUCGAGGAGGUUACCAGGAAAGUGGAUGAAGAGAAGGCAGUGAAUAUUGUCUACAUGGACUUCAGUAAGGCCUUUGACAAGGUCCCGCAUGGGAGGUUAGUUAGGAAAAUUCAGUUGCUAGGUAUACAUGGAGAGGUGGUAAAUUGGAUUAGACAUUGGCUCAGUGGAAGAAACCAAAGAGUGGUAGUAGAGAAUUGCUUCUCCGAGUGGAGGCCUGUGACUAGUGGUGUGCCACAGGGAUCAGUGCUGGGUCCAUUGUUAUUUGUCAUCCGUAUCAAUGAUCUGGAUGAUAAUGUGGUAAAUUGGAUCAGCAAAUUUGCUGAUGAUACAAAGAUUGGAGGUAUAGUAGAUAGUGAGGAAGGUUUUCAGAGCCUGCAGAGGGACUUGGACCAGCUGGAAAAAUGGGCUGAAAAAUGGCAGAUGGAGUUUAAUACUGACAAGUGUGAGGUAUUGCACGUUGGAAGGACAAACCAACCUAGAACAUACAGGGUUAAUGGUAAGGCACU